CCAAUUGGAUGUCACCAAGACCCACCUACUAGAAGUUCUUCCGUUUUCCAAUUCCCUUCGACUUCCUUUUCGCCUGUAAGCGCGCUGCUGAUAGCACACGAUACCACGCCGUCUUGAAAAAUGCGUUACGUAGCUGCUUACCUGCUCGCUGCCCUCUCCGGCAAAGACAGCCCAAAUGCUGCCGACAUCAAGAAAAUCCUUGAGAGCGUUGGCAUUGAGGCCGAUGACGCCCGUCUUGACAAGGUCGUCUCUGAGCUGGACGGCAAGAGCGUUGAGGAUGUGAUUGCCCAGGGCUACGGUAAGCUCGCCAGCGUGCCCUCCGGUGGAGCCGUGGCUGUGGCUGCCUCUGCUGGAUCUGGAGGCGGUGCUGCUGCCCCUGCCGCAGCUGAGGAGGAGAAGAAGGAAGAGAAGGAGGAGUCUGAGGCAUCCGAUGACGACAUGGGAUUCGGACUUUUCGAUUAAGCUUUCUUCUCAAGAUAAUAAAAUAUUUGUACAAACUUC